UCUUUUUCUUCUCUUCUUGUUCUUCAACGCGGAAGUUUCAUAACAGGGGAGUUAUGUGUUGACAUAAGUUGCAUUUGAAUUUAAUCCUUAAAACAGAAGCCUGUAAUUUUAACCUACUUGUCAACAUGGUGAACCUCGGUCUGACGAAGGUGGACGACGCGAUAGCAGCCAAACAUCCCGGGUUGCAAAGCUACGCUGCGUGUCAGUCUCACGCUUUUAUGAAGGCGACUGGAACCUUUGCACUAGGUGUUGCAGGGUUUUUUGCCAUCCAGAAGGCUCUGCAGAUGAGACUCCCCUACCCCCUGCAGUGGAAUCUGCUUAUAUCAAUAAUGGCGUCAUCGUUUUGUAGUUACGCAGUAACUCGCUGGGAAACACAGAAAUGCUCAGACCUUUGGCUGCUGCUAGAGACGGGUAAAGUCCCAGACAGAUCACCGCCACCACCAACAGUAUCUCAUCCAGAGGAUUCAAAAGCUGCUCAGAAGACAAAAUAUGGAGAUGACAUGGAAUAAACACAGUCUUUCACCUAUGAUGUCUCUUUGCCAGGAAAAAUAUGUAUAAAGACUGAGGAAAAACAUACAUUUUAUAUUUAUUUUAAGUGUUUUUCAUCUUACUUACUCAUGUGCCUCUAGAAAGUAAUUUUAUUGUUUGGUUUCAGACUUCAUAGGGUUUUUGAAUUUCAUAACGGCAUUAAAAUAGAUAGAAAAGAACUGAAUUCGCUAAAUUGCAGGUCAGGGAUUAAUUUGGGUCUUUAGCAGAAAUCUGAUGUUAAGCUUCUUGAUCUGGUAUUAUUGUGUGGACAUGUUGGUUUGUCAUGCAACAGAAUUAAACCUACCACCAGCCACUGGUUGUUUCUGUGCGCGUAUUAUGGGAUGUAUCAAGCUGUUUGUUGGUACUCUUGUUUGCUCUCGGGAUUUAAACCAGCCAAUGAUCUGAUUUUGCUUCUAAGGACAUGAAGGUUAGUAAAAGCUGAAAUCCAACAAUUGAAAAUGGCUUGCUGCUGUCUCUUGUGUCCCCUAGAAAUCUAUUGACCUGCCAUCAAUCCACAAAAGCUUAAAUAAACUCAUCAUGUCUCAAAGAAA